AGGUCCCCUCAUCCGGGCGCGGAACCUUCUAACCCCACCCUACGGAAGACGUAAAUGCACGCUGAUGUCAAGCCGCCGACAGAAACUUUUCUUCGGUACUUCUUUCCAGUUUUCUAUCUAUAACGCUUCCGUUCCGGCCCCGAGAAGCAUCUAGUUACACGGAUGCAUCGUAUUUGAAGUACAAUAGUCAAUUAAGAGCUAAAUUCCAUCAAAUUCGCCCUAUCGUCGAGACCUGAAAAUCUUCAAUGGACUCGGACCUCGACUCCGGUCUCUUCGGCAUCCAACUCUCCGACACCGAAGAACCCGCAGAAGGCAGUCAACCUCAAAACGACGAAACAAGUGCACCUGCCGAUCGGACCGCACAAUCAGAAGAAGAAUUCCAGGCCGUAAGGAAGGAAUAUAAUGUCAAAGUUGAAAAUGGAGAAGUAUGGAAAACGAUAAAACUACCUCUACACCCAGACCGAGUGUCUAAGCCCGAGGCUCAAGCGCUACUACAUGCUGUAGAGGAGCUAUAUUUCUUCCGGCGCUUUGCCGAGGGUGCUCGGUUUGUGAAAGUCGUUUUAGGUGGGGACGGUGAAAACGGUAGUGAGAAUAUAGCGCAUGGGCUUGACGACGAUACUAGAAAUCUAUUAAGGUAUUAUGAGAAGAAAUGUAACGAAAAGGUAGAAUAUGUUAGAUAAAUAAAGCAUUAAUACCCAAAUGCAUAUCAUAUCACAUCAU